AUGGAAAACCGGACUAACUUGAGCAACACUCAACUUCGAGAAUUAAAACUUCAACUUUUUAUUUUUAUUGUUCCAGUGGCAGGCCCGCCAGACACUGACGAUCCGUUUGACGGAAACAGAGAUGAUCCAGUAUUUAUGGACACAAACGAAGGCGCUAGUAGCUCACAGGACUCAGAUCAAAGUUCGAGACAAGGAGCGUUGACAAUUGUCCGCCGAAGCAGUCAAAAGAAGAGCACAUAUUCGGAAGAAUAUAGUAUGGCCCUGUCGAGAGAGAACGAAUCAAUGUUGGACGAUGUAGACCUUAGCCUCGAAGCAAUGCCUUCAUUUGAUUCGUCAGAAGCUGUUGAUAAGGCAGCACUCAGAUUGCGUUGUCUGCUGCGCCACUUGAGAAAGGGAGAGAUAUCGGCCGAAGUGUUACACAAAAAUCUAUUUUUUGCUGCUAAAGUAUUGGAGUCUGCAUUUUUGGACGAAGAACAAAUUAGUUGCGAUAUGAAAAACAGCCAAGAGGAACUGGAGGAAAUUUCGAAGACACCAGAACCAUCAACUUCAUCGGCGGCUGCAAUUACAUCUCCAGUUGUCCGACAAAAACGUCUCCGCGCACCCAUUUGGGCAAGGUUGUUGAACAUCAUAUAA